AUGAAAGUUCGGGUGAAGACCGCUAAUGGUUGGGGAGAAUACAGUAAACCCGUAACGAAAACCACUGGACAACUGAUUGGCACCACUGCAUACAUAGCAGGAGAUGACGAUUCAGUACAAGUGCGGAUAAUUAUCGCCGGAGUAACGCUAGCAGUGGUAGUACUGGUCGUAAUCAUUGUCAUGAUUGUGCUCUACUUGAGAAGAAGUGGUGACGAUUGCAAUAAGAAACAACAGUCCGAUUGCGAUACACUUGAGUACAGGAAUGUCAACGACGGCAAGAAAUACAAUACGAACAAUUAA